AUGAAUUUUGACUUGAUAGUUCUGGGAAGCGGACCCGGAGGAUAUGUUGCAGCCAUCAGAGCAGCCCAAUUGAAAAUGAAAGUCGCCAUCAUCGAACGCGAAUCCUUGGGUGGCAUCUGCUUGAAUUGGGGGUGUAUUCCCACCAAAGCGCUAUUGAAAAGCGCUCAAGUGUUUGAAUAUCUGCAACAUGCAAGCGAUUAUGGUAUCUCCGUAAAAGGUGGUUCUGCCGAUUUUGAUGCCAUCGUGAAGCGCAGUAGGGGAGUGGCAGAUGGCAUGAAUAAAGGCAUCGCAUAUCUCAUGAAAAAGAACAAUAUCACCGUCAUAAUGGGUACCGGUAAGCUUGAAAAAGGCGGAAAAGUAGCUGUAACAGAUGCUGCUGGAGCCGUUGCGUCAUACACAGCACCCCAUAUCAUCGUUGCCACAGGCGGUCGCGCCAAAGAACUCCCCAACAUCAAAAUUGAUGGCAAAAAAGUCAUAGAAUACCGCAAAGCCAUGAGCCUCGAGACUCAACCUAAGCGUAUGGUGAUUGUUGGAGCAGGUGCUAUUGGCGUUGAAUUUGGCUAUUUUUACAAUAGCAUUGGUACCGAAGUGACCAUCGUGGAAUAUAUGGACCAAGGGCUUGUGCCUCGUGAAGACGCGGACAUUUCCAAGGAGUUGACCAAAGUUUUUGCUAAAAAAGGCAUCAAAACCCUUGCAGGCACCGGAGUAGAAACCAUCGACACUUCCGGAAAGACCAUCAAAGUGAACGUGAAAGCCAAGAAAGACGGCGCCACUAGCACCAUCGAGUGCGAUGUAGUACUGAGUGCAGCAGGCGUCACCCCCAAUACCGAGAAUAUCGGCUUAGAGGAACUAGGCGUCACCACCGAUAGAGGCUACAUCAAAGUAGAUGAAUACUGCCGCACCAAUGUGCCCGGUAUCUAUGCCAUCGGUGAUGUAUUGCCUACACCUGCCUUGGCUCACGUAGCUAGUGCCGAAGGCAUUUUGUGUGUGGAGCAUAUUGCAGGUUUGCAUGUAACGCCUAUCAACUACAACAACAUUCCCGGUUGCACCUAUUGCUCGCCCGAAGUAGCCUCCGUGGGGUAUACCGAACAAGCCGCCAAAGAUGCUGGCUAUGAUAUUUUGGUCACCGAUGCCGAAUACAUCAAAUCCAUAGAGCGUACCACCAACCACGAUAUAAAAGCAGUCGAAUAUUUCCUCAAGGAGCGUUUUGAUAGGCUCGGGCUGCACGACUACCGCGAAUUUGUCCACUUCGGGCUCACUUCGCAAGACAUCAACAACACCGCCAUACCAUUGCUUCUCAAAAAUGCCGUUGAAGAUACCUAUCUGCCGCUUUUACAGCAAUUUAGGAAGCAGUUGUACGAUAUGUCGCAGGAGUGGGCACAUAUACCUAUGCUCGCCCGCACGCAUGGGCAGCCGGCAAGUCCUACGCGCCUAGGCAAAGAGUUGCGUGUCUUCGUAGAGCGUUUAGAUGUGCAGAUGGCUAUGCUCAAAACCAUCCCAUACAAGGCAAAAUUCGGGGGCGCCACCGGCAAUCUCAAUGCCCAUUUUGCUGCAUAUCCCGACUACAAUUGGCACCUUUUUGCCGACGAUUUUGUGCGCGAUGGACUAGGUUUGGAGCGCUCGCACCACACCACACAGAUAGAGCAUUACGAUUGUUUGGCGGCGCUUUUUCACAAUCUUUCGCGGAUAAAUACCAUUUUGAUCGAUUUUUGCCGCGAUAUGUGGCAGUAUAUAUCUAUAGAGUACUUCCGCCAAAAGACCGUAGCAUCGGAGGUGGGGUCGUCCGCUAUGCCCCACAAAGUCAACCCCAUCGAAUACGAAAAUGCCGAAGGCAACCUCGGUGUCGCCAAUGCCAUUUUUGCGCAUCUUGCCGAAAAAUUGCCUAUCUCACGCCUCCAGCGCGACCUUACCGACAGCACCGUGCUCCGCAAUGUGGGCGUGCCAUUUGCGCAUACUUUGGUGGCGCUCAAAUCCUUACAAAAGGGGCUCAACAAGCUGCAACUCAACGAAGGCAAGCUCUCCGAAGACCUCGAAGACAAUUGGAUGGUCAUUGCAGAGGGCAUACAGGCUAUUUUGCGCCGCGAAAACUUCCCGCAGCCCUACGAAGCCCUCAAGGAGUUCACGCGUGGCAAAACCGAUAUCGGGCGCGAGUCGCUCCAUGCUUUCAUUCACCAAUUGCCCAUCGAUGACGAGGUGAAAGAAGAGCUGCUUGCACUCACCCCGCACAAUUUUGUAGGUCAGUAG